AUGCAGACUGCUUCUACAAACAUUUAUAAAGGACUGUGCAAUAUGUCCAUCUAUGAAAUUUCCUUGCUAAUAAAUAUUCUACAGUCAACUGUUAGUGGUAUUAUAACAAAGUGGAAGCAACUGGGGACAACAGCAAUUCAGUCACAAAGUGGUAGCACGUAAAAUGACAGAGUGGGGUCAGCGCAUGCUGAAGUGCACAGUGAGCAGAAGACGCCAACUGUCUGCAGAGAUAAUAGCUAAAGACCUCCAAACUUUGUGUGGCCUUCAAAUUAGCACAACAGCAGUGCAUAGAGAGCUUCGUGGAAUGGUUUUCCAUGGCCGAGUAGCUGCAUCCAAG